CCUGCGUCGGCCCCGCUAUCUUCUUGGCUGACUUCUUUGCCAGCGCCCCAGCUGGCUCGCCGGCCCCGGUUUUUUAGCCUGCCAGCCGUUUCCUUGCCUGCCUCUUGUUAUGUCCUUAGCCCGCCAGGCCGCGACGCAGCGUAUGGGCGGGGGCGGAGAGGCUUGCUCGCAGCCGUGCCCCGGCUGGAAAUUCGCCCGCCAGCGCGCC